AUGAGUGACAUCGGCCUCUGCAUCUACAAAAGCUUUGCGAUGCUGACCGGUGACAUGGUUUUCGAUGACAUCUACCGGGUGGAUGAGAUCUUGGGCACCAUUUACUUCUUUUUUUUCUACAUCCUGUUCUACUUGGUGCUCAUAAACAUUUUUGUGACCCUGCUGAUGAGCGGUUAUGAUGUCGUUGAUUAUCAGCUGCAGAAGAGGGGGCUGAAUGAAAAGGAACAGAAUCCGAUCACUCUCAUCUUCGAAGAGCUCAAGGCAGACGUCGUUGGAAACAUCUUGAAGUACGGUGCCACGGUCAUCAAGUAUGCAACGAUUUGCCUGGACCCUAUUGUCGUAUCCAUCAAGGCAUGCUUCUUUUGUUCAACGCCAAGCUUUCUGACCUCGGGAGUCAGGACGAAGCAACGCACGGCUGGCGCGGCUGACGUUCAUGACGCACAAGCUCAGAAUUCAGAGGUUCAACAUGAUCCAGAGCAGCAGCUGCGAAGGAAUCUGGUGGGCUUCACAAGCAUGAUCGUUUUCAUGGCCGUGUGGAUCACCUUAAUGACCUUGCAGGGUCGAGGUGUUGACAGCUUUCUUGCAUCCAAGGCCACGCUGCAAGAAAGUGCCUUGGACGUCAUGUUCUCCACGGACGACAACCUCAAGAGCUUCGACAGCAUCCACACAUUCGCUGAUGUCAAGCCUUGGGCCGAAGCAGCGAUUGUCGGGCUCUACAACAACCCUACAUGUGCUGAGCAGACGGCAUCCGGAGGCAGUUGGGAAAGCGAUGCCGGCUGUAACAGUGCCAACAAUUCGCAACAGCUCAUCAACCGCAUCGCGAACUGGAACAUCGGAUUUCUGAACACAACUUUCGUGCGGCUGACGGUCCAGCCAGCUUGCUUCGUGGCGACUUCAUCUCGAUGGGCUUCCGGGUCACCCACUUUGCGGAGAACGCCAAAUGUCGAAUGCUGGAACUCGGUGUGCACUGACGUUUUUUCACACGAGCUGUGCAGAACUGCCGAUGGGCAGAUUCUUGACACUGCGAGCUUGUCCAUGGCCGUGAACCUCACCUCCCAGCUGCCGGAGACCUUCAAAUUUCAGUACGAUGUGCCCUCCGACCUGGGGCCGUUUCGAAUGUUGGGUGGCCUGGCAUUUUCCUUGGGUGUCACGGCAGCCGAGUGCCAGGAGAUGCUUUCUCUACUUGAUGCAGACAGAUGGUUCAGUGAAAAUUCUGCCUCCAUGGUCUUUGACUGGAUCAGCUACAACGGCAAUAUGGAUUUAUUCACCCACAAUGUCGUCGGGUUCAGUCUUAUGCGGACGGGUGUGAUGAUCAGAUCGACCGAGUCCAAGACCUUCCCAAUGAACGUUGACACUGGAGGUGGGUAUUUCCAUUUGCAGACCUUGGUCCUCAUGCUGUUUGGAAUUUAUGCUGCACUCCUCUUGCACCUUGCCACAGCAAUCGGCAUAAUAUGCAGAAACCAGCAACAAAGCACGCAUGCAAGCACGCACGCGCGCACGCACGCACGCACGCACGCACGCACGCGCACGCACACGCACGCACGCGCACACACACACACACACACACGCACACACACACACAGAUAUAUAUAUAUAUAG